AACAGUUGUAUAUAAUAAAACUGCUUUAGAUUACACACAAGUUGAAAAUGCCGAUGGUAUACGCGAAAUCAGGUAACAACUAACAUCUUGCAUUUGUUAUUUUCUUGAAUAUUCUAUCAAUAGAGGAAUUUCCGAUUACGCAAUAAUCGGAAGUCGGCCAUCUUGGAGGCACUUGCGCAAUAACGCUUCCGCAUAGAUACAGUACAGUGCACAAAUACAAUACCACAGCUGUCAAUUGGUAAACAUCCUACGGCAAAAUGGUGAUUAAAUGUGCUGUUUUGGGCUGUUCAAAUAGGAAAGAUCGUGAAAAGGACUUUAAAUACUAUAGAUUGCCUGCAAUUGUCAGCAAUCAGGGUGAAGAGUGUGAGAAACUGUCUAGCGAGCGGAGACGUGAAUGGUUGGCUAACAUGAACCAGUGUUUUAAAAACAAAAACUUGGAUAACGUGAGGAUUUGUUCAGAGCAUUUUGUCAGUGGAAAGAAGGCAGAUCUGUAUGACAGAACCAACCCAGACUGGUGUCCCACUCUGUGGCUUGGAGGAUCCAACCCUGAACCAGUUGUCUCAACACCACUGCACAGUGCCACACCACAUGUAGAUAGGUAUAAGCGAGUCCAGGAGAGGUCUAAGCGUAAACGCCUUGAGCUAAUACAGAACGAUGAAGAAAGCACGUUUGAAUCAAGUGAUUCAGGAUGUGAAGGUGUUGCUUCUCAAACAGACAUGGAUGGUAUCUUCAUUAAUUCAAUGGACAGUGAAAUUCGAAGAUUGCGCGAAGAGAACUUAAAGUUGAAAAAGGACAAUGUUGUUUGUUUGUCAAAGGAAGACUUUGAAGGCAAUUGCGAGAAAGUGAAGCAUCUUACAGGACUAUCCACAUUUGCCUUACUGAUGACACUGUUUAGUUACCUAGAACCACAUUUACAGCCUUCAGGUGUGCUUGACCAGUUUAGAAUGAUGAUUUUAACACUAAUGAGACUAAGACUUAAUUUGUCUGUGUUAUUUUUAUCAUAUGAGUUUGGAAUUUCUCAGUCAUCUGUUUCCAGGAUAUUCAGCAGUGUUAUUGACACAAUGUUUGCUAGAAUGAAACCAUUCAUACACUGGCCUGAAAGAGAAACACUGCAAAAAACAAUGCCAAUGCAGUUUAGAAAACAUUUUGGCAAGCGGUGUUGUGUCAUAAUAGACUGUUUCGAGGUUUUCAUCGAAAGGCCGUCCAACCUAAAAGCCCGCGCCGAGACCUGGUCAUCGUACAAACACCACAACACUAUCAAAUUUCUAAUUGGGAUUACUCCCCAAGGAACAGUGUCCUUUAUAUCUAGAGGUUGGGGUGGUAGAGUGAGUGACAAAUAUAUCACAGAACAUUCCGGCUUUUUAAAUAAUAUAGUUCCAGGUGAUUUGAUAUUGGCAGACAGGGGAUUUGACAUUCGUGACAGUGUGGGCACUUUAUGUGCACAGGUUAAUAUUCCUGCAUUCACCAAAGGACGCAAUCAGCUUUCACCAACAGAUGUAGAGACCACAAGGAACAUAGCAAACGUUCGCAUUCAUGUUGAACGUGUUAUUGGAACUGUGCGGCAGAAAUACUCAUUUCUUAACGGAACUAUUCCAAUCCGCUUCCUAAUGACAAAAGACAGCGAUUUUACAGUGAUUGACAAAAUUGCUCAUGUUUGCUGUUCACUUGUGAAUUUGAAUGAUUCCGUUGUAGAUUUUAAUUAAGUGUUUCAUCUUUGUUUAGUUUCUGUACAUACAUAAUGUUAUUAACGUUAUUAUAUUGCCCACUGUUUGGGUAGUUAUUCUACACAUGCUUUCUGAUAUAAAAACU